AUGGCGUCUAAACGAUCGGACCAGACAGGCGCAGGGAACUUGACCUACUUAGCCUUCAUUUGGAACAGCAUCCAAAUGCUUGUUGGUCUGGCGCUGGCAAUACACGAGAUAAACAUCUGCGGCUGCGAUACUAGUGAGGAGUCUGGCCUAAGUCUGAUUCCUAACUCCUUUUUUUGGGUGAAUGGUAGCGAGAGUAACCGGACUCACGGAUCCCUUGCUGAUCCGGGCGAGGAAGCUAUUAGUGUCGCGCCGCCCGCUCAGAGCGGAGAGCUACCCUCGAACUCCCGCUCGACACCUCCUUCAAUUUCAAACACUCAAUCUUCUUCGUGGGAGAAAUAUUUGUUGGGUGGAACGAGGGGAGACGAAGCAAGCAGCGCCCCACCCGCAACCAGGGAUGAAGCGGGGCCCUCUAGAAUAGGUAUAGAGAACCCCUCUUCCGUGGCUCCGACACAGCAGGAUGCCCCCGUGCCUGCUGCCCACCCUGCAGCUCCCAAUCCACCGGUUAUCCCACAAUUUCUCCCUUUAAUUUCCGAUGAGCGGAGUUUGUUCGAACUUACGCAAGCCCUGCGUAUUUCUUUCUUCGGUCGAAACCAAAUAUCUGACUUACUUUUAUUCGACCGCGUCUUAGAAAUAGCGGUUCCCAUAGAAAGGAAUGUGGAAGCCGCUUUACUCGAUGAUGGAUUUGAUGCAGAGCGUAUCCACUUUCGACUAAAUGAGAUCAGAGAAGUCCUUUUUCGCCAGCAUAAUAGGCUGCUGUCGGAACGGGCACUCGAUCACUAUUUAAAUGAAAUCCGAACGAAGGGAACGCGGCACAGCACUCCCUAUCGGCGGGCAAGGAAUCAAUCGGAAGAUGCUGCUAUGCAUGGAAAUCGACUUGCUAGCUUUCGCCCAUAUAUCCGACGCAACUUUCUCGGUCAGAGGACACUCUUCAGAAGGGAAAUGAAGGUGCUAUCCAAGAUCCCGGGAAAAUGCAAACAAAAAGGGUAG